CCCCGGCGGCGGCGGAGCGGCGCGGAGCGGAGCGGGCGGCGGUGCGGGCUGCGGUACCACCAGCAGCGGCGGCUCUGCGGGGCCGCGCCGGUCUCGGCCACCCCCCGGACUCCCCUCCGGCUCUGCCCGUCCCUCCGCCUCCCUCCCCCCCAUCCCCCUUUUUUAUUUUUUAUUUUGCCGCCCCCCCCUCAUUUCUCCCAGCAACGCCGCCCCCCGCCCCCCCCCCGCAGCAAGAUGGUGCAGAAGAAAUCAGAGAUCCCGGGAUUCCACCGCUCCUUCAAGGGGCAAAACCCUUUCGACCUGGAGUUCGACCAGUCCAACCACCUGGAGCCCGUCUUCAACUUCGAGUGCCCGCCCCGUCCCGACAUGCCUUCAAGUCAACCCAUCGACAUCCCCGACGCCAAGAAAAGGAACAAGAAGAAGAAGCGCUGCAGAGCCACCGACAGCUUCUCCGGCAGGUUCGAAGAUGUUUACCAGCUGCAGGAGGAGGUGCUGGGAGAAGGGGCCCACGCCAGAGUCCAGUCCUGCGUGAACCUCAUCACCAACAAGGAGUAUGCAGUGAAGAUCAUCGAGAAGCGCCUGGGACACAUCCGGAGCAGGGUUUUCCGGGAGGUGGAGAUGCUCUAUCAGUGCCAGGGACACAGAAAUGUCCUGGAGCUGAUUGAGUUCUUCGAGGAGGAGGAGAGGUUUUACCUGGUGUUUGAGAAGAUGAGGGGAGGCUCCAUCCUGACCCACAUCCACCGGAGGCGCCACUUCAACGAGCUGGAGGCCAGCGUGGUGGUGCAGGAUAUCGCCAGCGCCCUGCACUUCCUGCACAACAAAGGGAUUGCACACAGGGAUCUGAAACCAGAAAAUAUCCUGUGUGAGAGCCCGGACCAGGUCUCGCCAGUGAAGAUCUGUGACUUUGACCUGGGAAGUGGCAUCAAACUGAACGGCGACUGCUCCCCCAUCUCCACUCCAGAGCUGCUCACCCCGGUAAGCGUGUGAGCGAGCCCCCCACAUUUUGGGGUGGGGUCUGUCCCAGGGAACCCCCCCAGCUGCCCCGCAGGCUCAGGGCUGUGUGUGACACCCCCUGCUCGCCGC